UAUUCAGUGUAUGUGUUAUUGAGUGUGUGUGUUAUUAAACUAGAAGUAAAAUACAUAAAAAGAUAUUUGAUUUAAUUUGACUUUAUUUACAAACUUGACUACUUUUGCAGAGAAUGGUAUAACAAUUGAACAUUUCCCCAAAUUAAAACUAGACAAUUUGAAAGAAUUAUGCCCACAUAUGGGGACUAGACUAUCUUUAGAGGAAAAGAUAGGGGAGCUUAUUACUGCACAGUCUAUUUUUUUAACUUUACAGGCAACGACAGAUGCAGUAUCUGAAUCAACUGAUGAUCAAGUCAUUAUUACUCCCACCUCCAGUAAAUUAGAGACAAGCACCAGUGAUGCCGGUUUAUUAGUUUCAUUAGAUGAACUACAAGUGGUCGACAUCUUGGAAACAACCAAAAGUGUAUCUAGAAAAACAUUUCCACAUUUUGAUUUGGAGACACUACUGCAUACGUCAGCAGGUGGCAAUAGUAUUUUAAAAUACUAUGAAACAUAUGGUUUUCUCAAUAAUACCAAGAGAAACCAGUUGACUGAUAUAAUUAUAAAACAUAUAUACACAUACAUUGUCAAUUACCGGAUAACCUAUGAAGAAUAUAAUAUUAUAUCUGCGAAAAUAAUAUCACUGUUUCCAAAGGAGUCAAUAGGCACUUAUUUUACCAAACCUAUAAAAAAAAAUAAUUCAUUUAAUGGACGUUCUACAGUAGCACGAGGAAAAUUGGUGGACAAAGUCCGUAACCUUCUGUAUAAAUAUGGAGACCACACACACAAGCGACAAUCUGGCACUCUAGAAAAUGCUCCACCGUUUAAAAGACAGUAUAUUCAAGGUUUGCAAGAUUUACAUUUAAGAGAUAUACUGUUUCUCAACAAUAACACCGAACCAUGGGGUGAAGUAAUACAAAAAUGGAAAGAUACAUUUAAAGUUCGAAAAGAAAGUGAACACAAGAGCGUUCAUGAGUUUCUACAAGACUGGAAAAUAUUAUCAGACCAAAGAAGUGACAUAUUGAUAAACAUUGACUUCGACUUGUUGUAUCCAGAAAAAGGGCUGAAUUUUUAUUUAAAUUGGAAAAUAUUUUUCGAAAAAAUUAUUGCUUUUAAACCGAACAGAGACGAAAGAAUCUUGAACCUUAUUGAGUCACUGAAAAAUUUAGACAAUGAUUUAACACUUCCUGCUGAGCUUAAAAUACUCGCACAUCUGGUGCCUCCAAAGGGAAGAAUUUCAAAAAAAAUUAAGUUCACUACUCAGGAAGCAAUUGACUCCUUAUAUAUUUGUGUGCCGAAUGCUGGCGAUAUAGACCAAGUAAUCAAAGAACAAAAACAAAAGGCGACAAGCAAGAAAUUGUCUGUUCAACCCUAUGUUAUACUCCAGGGAUCUUUGCUAGAGUGUGGUUCACCGUUACUAAUAGUAGAUGAUGUAAGAUAUCAAUUUUUAACCAUAACAAAAGCUUUUGAUACUCUUUUUAAACUUUACCAUACCUUCAACGUUAGAUAUCCCAGAGCAGGCGACCAUUUAUAUUUGAUCAUACAAAGAUGUGUAUAUAAUAUAGAAACUAAGUACGAUAACGUCGUACCGUAUAUAAUUGACGUUUUGAAUAUGUGAUUUAGCUAAACACCACUUUCAAGGUUUCAUAAACUCAAUCAGAGCAGGGCCCACUCCCAAUUGAGUUGUUCAUGCUAUUCUUUGAAAAAAAAAACAGUUUAUACACAGACUUUCAAUUAGAAAGAAUUUUCUUACCACUUCUAACUCAGUUACGACAAUUUAUGCAACAAUAAUUGCUACAAGUGAUAUUUACAAUAUUGUUAACCUGAUCAAUCUCCGACUAAAACUCUCUGUGUUUCGCUUAUUGUCAAAAUGGAUUUGAACUGUAAUUACUGUCACAAAAUACUUCAUGAUUUUAAGCAAUACAUUUUUCAUUUAGAAACUAUCCAUAAAAUAGGUAACUAUUUUGUCUGCCCUUUUGAGAGUUGUAAAAGAACAUAUGAUAAAAAAAAUCGUUUUAAAAAUCAUUUAACAACGUGUUACAAUUCAAAUCGCAAUAGGAAUAGUACUUCUUGUGACAAUAGUAUUAAUAUCAGUAACUCCAUCCUGUCCGAACAAAGUUCAUUUCCAAGUACCAAUGAUACACACCAAUCUUUUGACACAUCACCGUCGAAUGAUAAAGACACUGGAAAUGAAUCUUUUAUAAAAUCUGUAAAAUCAUACUUAAAUAUAUUUGUAUGCAAUUUAUAUGGGUUUGUUAGUUUACCAAGAUCUUUAAUACAAACUUUGAUAGAAUUAGUUCAAACCUUAAUCCACAACAUCACUUCAAAUAUACACGAAACAGUUAAUAACGAACAUAUAGAUGCCACUAAAAGAAACAUUAUUGUACUAGAAAUGAUAUUAGCAUUACCAGACAUAUUUAAAGACUACGAUACAGAAUAUAAGCGCUUGAAAAAUUUAGUUGACAAUGAGUAUUAUGUAGCCCCUGUAGAAGUAAAGAUCGGAACUGUCAAAGAUCGACGUAGUGAAAAUAAUGAUGUAACAAUGAUGCUAAAGGAAAGAAAACUUUACAUGACACCACUUAGACAAACAUUAAGCAAUUUUUUAAACUUACCUGGAGUACUUUCUCACAUUCUUAAUUAUCAACAGAUGCUUUUGGACGAGAGUAAUGUAAGUAACGGUGAUGUGAUUCGAAAUGUGAUUCAAGGAUCGUUGUGGAAAGAACUUUCGGCUAAUAUAGACAAAGACAGUAUCGUUAUCCCUUUAAUUUUGUAUUUUGAUGAUUUUGAAAGUGGCAAUGCCCUAGGAAGCCACGCUGGCGAAUAUAAGUUAGGUGCAGUUUAUAUUUCUAUUGCAACUAUUCCGCCAGAACAAUCAAGUAGGUUAGAAAAUAUUUUUGUGACUCAAGUAUUUUAUUCAAAGGACAGAGUAUUUUUUGGCAAUGGGGCAAUUUUUAACAAAUUAAUUGAAGAACUUAAGUUUUUAGAAGAAGUUGGCGUUGGUGUUUUAUUGUCCAAAAAUAUCAUUACAGUAAAAUUUGUAUUAAUAACUUUAUCUGGAGAUAACUUAGGACUCCACGGCGUAUUAGGACUUUUCGAAAGCUUUAUGGCUACAUAUUUCUGCAGGUUUUGUUUGACUACCAAAACUGAAUCUGAAACCCAAUCGUGUGAAUUAAAUAAUCUACGAAUGCCUUCUGAAUACAAUCAACAUGUUGAAAAUCGUAUAGGAAUUAAAGAAAUAUGUGUUUGGAAUAAUUUGAAAUAUUUUCAUAUUUACAAUAAUGUUACAUGUGAUGUGAUGCAUGAUCUUACGGAAGGGGUACUAAGGUAUGGAAUGGCCCUUGUGAUUAGAAGUCUAAUAGAUAAAGGAUAUUUCUCACUAGAUCAUCUGAAUUCUAGGAUAAAGUACUUUAAGUACAAUACUAAUGAGAAAAACACACCACCACCAAUCAAUAAUCAACACUUAUUAAACAAAAGUUUAACUAUAUCUGCUUCUGAAAUGUUAUGCCUUACAAGAAAUUUUGCUUUUGUGGUUGGAGAUUUAGUUGAAAAUAACGACCCCGUUUGGAACUAUUAUUUAAUAUUAUUGGAAAUAACAAAUGUUCUCACUUCCCAUUCGUUUACUUCAGACCUAAUAGAUUACUUAAAAAGUAUUAUUGAAGAACAUCACCAGCAAUACCUUAAUUUAUUUCAAAGUAAAUUAAAACCCAAACAUCAUUUCCUUAU